CCUCAGGGACAAAAGAGGUGUGAUGAGACACCCAUCCACAGUAGCAAACCUUACAAAGCCCAAACAUGGCAUCGGCUUCCGCUUCACCCUUCUCUGGAUUCCCCCCUCACAAAUUUCUCUUCUCCAACCCCAGAAAGCUCCUACCCAGCAUCAGAAUGGCUUCCGAAGCGGGAGGAUUGGGAGAAUUCUCCUCCCAAUCCGCCUCAUCUUCUCCUUCUCCUCCAAAGAUACUGGACUCCCAUCUCCAUGUAUGGGCUUCUCCCCAAGAGGCUGUAGGAAGUUACCCUUAUUUUCCAGGGCAGGAGCCGUCAAUCCCUGGAUACGCCAAUUUCCUGCUCAAGUUGAUGUCAGAAGCAGGAGUGGAUGGUGCCCUUAUUGUGCAGCCUAUAAAUCACAUGUUUGAUCACUCUUUAGUAACUAGUGUUUUGAAGAGGCAUCCAUCUAAAUUCAUUGGUUGUUGUUUAGCAAAUCCUGCAGAAGAUGGAACUGGUAUUAGGCAGCUCGAAGAUCUAGUUUUAAAGGAUAGAUAUCGAGCUGUUCGAUUCAAUCCGUAUCUUUGGCCUUCUGGUCAAAAGAUGACAAAUGAAAUUGGAAAAGCAAUGUUCUAUAGAGCUGGAGAACUUGGAGUACCAGUGGGAAUUAUGUGUAUGAAGGGUCUUAGUCUACACAUAUCAGAAAUAGAGGAGCUCUGUGAAAACUAUCCUUCAACCAUUGUACUACUUGACCACAUGGGUUUCUGCAAACCACCAAUGACUGAUGAGGAACACAAUACCUUCUCAUCAUUGCUAAAACUGGCUAGGUUUCCGCAGGUUUAUGUGAAAUUCAGUGCCCUUUUCCGAUUGUCAAGAAAACAGUAUCCAUAUGAGGAUACAAGAGACCUUCUUUCCCAAGUUGUCUCCGACUAUGGAGCUAACCGAGUCAUGUGGGGAAGUGACUUUCCCUUUGUUGUUAAGGAGUGUGGCUAUAAAGAGGCGAGGGAAGCUGUCUCUCUCCUCGCGAACCAGAUACCCUUGUCAUCAUCUGAUUUAGAGUGGAUAAUGGGCAGAACAUUUGGGCAACUCUUCCAACAACCAUGGCAAGCUCUAUAGAAAAUUUGCCUGUUGGCUGUGAUUCCUGCCUUUGUUCAUCUUCCACAUCUGUUACAUAUACUUUGUUUUGUGCAUCCCAACUUCAUGAGUGAAACCUUUUGCAGAAAACAUCAUCUUUUGUGCACAAUUUAAUGUUCUAAAUCAUGCAUAAGGUAGCAAAGCAUUUUUGUAAUUAUAUAUAUAUAAUUUUGCUCAUUAAUCAUCUGGAGAAGUUGACUUA